UUUGUGGCCAAUCUAGCAAAGGAUCUAGGGCUAGGGGUAAGAGAACUGUCCUUGCGAAGGGCUCGGGUCAUUUUUAAUAACAACAAAAAAUAUCUUCAGCUGAACCUUCACACGGGAGCUUUGCAAGUAAAUGAGAAUCUGAAUCGGGAAGAAUUGUGUGGCCCCACUGACCCUUGUGUGCUGCAAUUCCAGGUGUUACUGGAGGAACCCUUGGAGGUAUAUAGAUUUAAACUUUUGGUCAGUGACAUAAAUGACAAUCCCCCUGUAUUCCCAGAAUCACAGAUGAUUUUGAAAAUCAUGGAAAAUACUCUUCCAGGAGCUGUGUUUCCUCUGAAAAAUGCACAAGAUUUAGAUGUAGGCAUCAACAGCAUUCACAAUUACACCAUCUACCCUAACUUCCACUUCCAUGUUCUCACUCGCAAUGACAGUGAGGGCAGGAAAUACCCGGAGCUGGUUCUGGACAAAGAGCUGGAUCGUGAGGAGCAGACUGAGCUCAGGUUGGCUCUCAUGGCAGUAGACGGCGGAAUUCCUCCCAAAACUGGGACUACCCAGGUCCUCAUUGAUAUCUUGGAUAUCAAUGACAAUGCCCCUGAGUUUUCCCAGCCACUCUAUCAGGUGCAGAUUCCAGAAAACAGCCCAGUUGGAUCCAUCGUUACAACUGUUUCUGCUAGAGAUUUAGACACAGGAAUAAAUGGUGAAAUAUUCUACUCAUUUUUUUAUGGCGAUGAGGAGAUUUCCAACACAUUUGCACUUAAUGAACUCACCGGGGAAAUUAAGAUAAUUAAGAAAUUAGAUUUUGAAAAAAUUAGGUCAUACAAGGUGGAUAUUAAAGCCUCUGAUGGGUCAGGUCUUUCUGGAAAAUGCACUGUCAUAAUACAGGUGGUGGAUAUCAACGAUAAUGCCCCAGAACUGACGGUGGCUUCAAUUGUAAGCCCAGUUCCAGAAAAUUCUCCUGAAAUUACAGUAGCUCUUUUCAGCAUCCAAGACCGAGAUUCUGGAGAAAACGGAAGGAUGGCUUGCUCCAUCCAGGACGAUGUUCCUUUCAUACUGAAACCUUCCGUAGAGAAUUUCUACAGGCUGGUAACAGAAGGAGCCCUGGACAGAGAGAGCCAAGCCGAGUACAACAUCACCAUCACCGUCACCGACCUGGGCACACCCAGGCUGACCACAGAGCACAGCAUAACAGUGCUGGUCUCCGACGUCAACGACAACGCCCCCGCCUUCACCCAGGCCUCCUACACCCUGCUGGUCCGCGAGAACAACAGCCCCGCCCUGCACAUCGGAACCAUCAGCGCCACAGACGCAGACGCGGGCACCAACGCCCAGGUCACCUACUCGCUGCUGCCGCCCCACGACCCGCAGCUGGCCCUGGCCUCGCUGGUGUCCAUCAACGCCGACAACGGCCAGCUGUUCGCGCUCAGGUCGCUGGACUACGAGGCCCUGCGCGCCUUCGAGUUCGGCGUGCGCGCGGCAGACCGCGGCUCGCCCGCGCUCAGCAGCCAGGCGCUGGUGCGCGUGCUGUGCUGGACGCCAACGACAACGCGCCCUUCGUGCUCUACCCGCUGCAGAACGGCUCUGCGCCCUGCACCGAGCUGGUGCCCAGGGCGGCCGAGGCGGGCUACCUGGUGACCAAGGUGGUGGCGGUGGACGGCGACUCGGGCCAGAACGCCUGGCUGUCGUAC